GCCCCGCUUCCGCUUCCGGCGUCAUGGCCGCCAUGGCCGCCCCGGCCCGGCCCCCCCGGUAACGGGACCCCCCCCGGGAACGGGACCCCCCCCGGGAACGGGGCCCCCCCGGAGCCCCCCGGGCCGGGACCAUGUCCUCGCGCUCCGCGCUGGCGGCGGGGAACGAGCGGAACGCGGAGACGGCGGGCCCGGGGGGCGGCGGCCGGCCCGACAAGGCCGGGGGGUGGGCGGGGGGCCGCGGGGCCGGCGCCCCCCGGGGCCGGGGCUCGCUGGGCGGGGGUCCCGAGGAGCCCCCUCCCCACGUGGGCAACUACCGGCUGCUGCGCACCAUCGGCAAGGGCAACUUCGCCAAGGUCAAGCUGGCCCGGCACGUGCUGACCGGCCGCGAGGUCGCCAUUAAAAUCAUCGACAAGACGCAGCUGAACCCCACCAGCCUGCAGAAGCUGUUCCGGGAAGUUCGGAUCAUGAAGGGGCUGAACCACCCCAACAUCGUGAAGCUGUUCGAGGUGAUCGAGACAGACAAGACGCUCUACCUCGUCAUGGAGUACGCCAGCGCCGGUGAGGUGUUCGAUUACCUGGUGUCCCACGGGAGGAUGAAGGAGAAGGAGGCGCGGGCCAAGUUCCGACAGAUCGUCUCGGCCGUGCACUACUGCCACCAGAAGAACAUCGUGCACAGGGACCUCAAGGCCGAGAACCUGCUGCUGGACGCCGACGCCAACAUCAAGAUCGCGGACUUCGGCUUCAGCAACGAGUUCUCGCGGGGCUCCAAGCUGGACACGUUCUGCGGCUCGCCGCCCUACGCCGCGCCCGAGCUCUUCCAGGGCAAGAAGUACGACGGGCCCGAGGUGGACAUCUGGAGCCUGGGGGUCAUCCUCUACACGCUGGUCAGCGGCUCGCUGCCCUUCGACGGCCACAACCUCAAGGAGCUGCGGGAGCGGGUGCUGCGGGGCAAAUACCGCGUGCCCUUCUACAUGUCCACGGACUGUGAGAACAUCCUGCGCCGCUUCCUGGUGCUCAACCCCGCCAAGCGCUGCACCCUCGAGCAAAUCAUGAAGGACAAGUGGAUCAACAUCGGCUACGAGGGCGACGAGCUGACGCCCUACACCGAGCCCCAGGAGGACUUUGGGGACACCAAGCGCAUCGAGGUGAUGGUGGGCAUGGGCUACACGCGGGAGGAGAUCAAGGAGGCGCUGAGCACCCACAAGUACAACGAGGUGACGGCCACCUACCUGCUGCUGGGACGGCGCGGAGAGCCCGAGGGUGGCACCGCCCUGUCCCUGUCCCUGUCCCGGCCGCGGGGCGUGGCCGAGGCGCCCAACGGUGCCACCAAGUCGGGGACAUCGUCGGGGACGUCGGGGAGCCACGGCAAGGGACAGCGCGGGGGCGGCCACCACCGGCAGCGGCGGCACAGCGACUUCUGCGGCCCCGCCCCCUCGGCCCCGCCCCCCCGCCGCAGCCCCCCCUCGGCCGCCCCUCCCCCCUCGGAGGGGGGCGUGGCCGGGGGCGUGGCCGGGGGCGCGGCCCCGCCCCCCUCGCGCCGGGGCAGCGGCGGCCCCGCGGGGGGGGCGGGGCGGGGGGGCGGGGCCGCCCCUCCCCCCCCCUGCAGCCCCCUGGUGAGCAGCGCCCACAACCCCAACAAGGCCGAGAUCCCCGAGCGGCCCCCGGACGGACAGCCCCACGUGCCCCCCAGCGUGAUGGGCCGCAGGAACACCUACGUGUGCUCGGGGGGGGAGCGGCACCUGCUGCUGCCCAACGGCAAGGACAGCCUGCCGUCCCGCCCGCCGCCCUCCCCCUCCAGCCACUCGCUGGGCGGGGCUCACCUGGCGCACCUGGCCCGGGGCUGCCCCGCCCGCAGCACCUCCCCCCUCCUCGCCCCCUCCCCCCAGCGCCGCCUCCCCCCGGCCCCGCCCCACGGCCACGCUGCUGAGCAAGAUCACCUCCAAGCUGACGCGCAGGGUGUCCCUGGACCCCUCCCGCCGGCAGAGCUCCAAUCGCUGCGUGUCGGCCACGCCCGGGCCCGGCGCCGCCAAGAUCCGCUCGCAGACGAACCUGCGCGAGUCGGGGGACCCUGCGCUCACAAGUUGCCAUCUACCUGGGGAUCAAGCGGAAGCCGCCCCCCGGCUGCUCCGAGGGGGGGGGGGGCUGUGAUGGGGAGGGGGCUCCAGACGGGACCCCCCCCCCCCCAAAACCGGGACCCCCCCCCCGGAAACGGAGCGGGACCACCCUGGGAACCCCAAAAUCGGAUCGAGACCACCCUGGGACCCCCAGAAUUGGAUUGAGACCCCCGGAAUUGGACCAGGACCACCCUGGGAACCCCAAAAUCGGAUGGAGACCCCCCAAAAUCGGAUUGGGACCACCCUGGGAACCCCAAAAUCGGAUGGAGACCCCCCAAAAUCGGAUUGGGACCACCCUGGG